AUUUGACCGCUUGCAAAGUCGGAGCAGUACUGUAAUGUCGCGCAGGGAGCGCAUCGUGGGGAACCACUACCAGUUGGGCCUGGAGAUAGGCAAAGGAGGGUUCGGAACAGUGUUCAGCGCUUUGGACCUGCGAAAUGGCAAGUCGGUUGCCAUCAAGCAGGUGUCCCUGAUCGACAUGGCCAAGGAAGAGCUCGCAGCCAUCGAGAGCGAGAUCAAGCUGCUCAAGAAGCUGCACCACGAAAACAUCGUCAAGUACUACAACACCAUCAAGGAGGAAGACUACUUGUACAUCGUACUGGAGUACAUGGAGAAUGGGUCGCUGGCCCAGUUCAUGAAGAAGUUCGGAACGCUCUCCGAGACGCUCGUGGCCAUGUACAUCACCCAAGUGUUGCGCGGUUUGGCUUACUUGCAUGCCCAAGUAAACUACAACGUCCUACUACCCAGUAUGGUUUUGCAAUACGACUCAUUAGGGCGUGUUGCAUCGCGACGUGAAAGGCGCCAACAUUUUGACCACCAAGGACGGGUUGGUAAAGAUUGCCGAUUUUGGAGUCGCGAUCAAGUUGAACGAGGCGCAGAAGUCGAAUUCAGUCGUGGGAUCUCCGUAUUGGAUGGCCCCCGAAGUGAUCGAGAUGGCGGGGUGGUCGUCCGCGUCCGACAUAUGGAGCGUGGGAUGCACCAUCAUUGAGUUGCUGACGCAGAAACCGCCGUACUUCGACUUGGCGCCCAUGGCCGCGCUGUUUCGCAUCGUGCAGGACGACCACCCGCCGCUGCCAAAGUCGAUUUCGCCGGCGCUGCAUGAUUUCAUCAUGAAAUGCUUCAUGAAAGAGCCGCGGCUGCGCCUCUCCGCCGACGACUUGCUUCUACAUCCAUGGAUCAGCCAGAUCCCUCGAACCAAGGUGGAACAGAGCACCCAAGAAGUCCAAGACAACGUGACGUCUACAGACGACCGCGCGGCCGUGCUGAACACCAUUCGCAUGUACGACACCAUCACCAGGGACUCGACCUCCAGUUGCUUGGAAGCCAUGCACGAGGACGACGACGAGAGCUGGGAUGUGGACCUGCAAACGAACGCGCCGCUGAAGCUCGUGAAACUGGCCGCCACCACCUCCCACUCGACGCUUCCGACGUUUCAACUGACCCACGACGACGCGCACGAUCCAUUUUGGGCCGACGAGGACGUUCCUCCUGCUUCUAGUACACUUAGUACUAGUACUACUACUACGACCAAGACUCGACAUGAUACGGUUGGGACGUGGGGCGACACGAGCGUGGGCCACAAAGAAGGGUCGAAAUUGCAUCAUUUCCGAGAAGCCGACAACGACGAUGGGUUUGGAGAUGGAUUCGAAGACGAAGAUGCGUCCAAGGGCGCCACGUCAUGGAGGUGUCGGCUGUCGUCGUCGCUGCAAGAUGACAACGGCUUGGACGGGUUUGCCGAACCAUCGUUUGGUGAUCCUUUUUUCGAUUCGUCACAGCGCGAGACAGCCAACAAAGCGACGGCGCGGGGGAUGGAGCUCUUGUCGCUGUUGGGCCCGUCGAUGGACGAUCGUGUGGUUCUUGACGCGUGUCACCAACUGCACGACCUCUGUGGACACAACGCCGCCCUUCGGCAAGAAUUGGUGGCCCAGCCUGGAGUCAUCCCCAUCCUCGUGGAGGCGUUCGAGUUGAAACAGCUCCACGUGCUGCAUGCAGUGAUGAAUGUCGUGAAUAUGUUAAUCAUGGACAACCAAAAGUUCCUUGAAAACUUGGCGCUGGUUGGCCUGCUACCCAUCGUCGUGGCGUUGGUCGUCACCCCGCCUGAUAACGCCACGGUGGCCUUGCCAGAGUUGGCCAGCCUCGUUCGAUUGGAGGCAGCCAAGUUUGUCGAACAGGCGUGCGUUUCUAGCUCGUGGACGCUCCAGAUGUUCAUCGCGUGCGGAGGACUGCCGUUGCUGACCAACUUCUUGAGCACCGACGACGACUCGUUGCAUCGCAUUGCGCUCACUGGAAUCAGCUGUACCUUCUCCAUUCAGACGAUUCCUAAAAACGACACGUGCCGCCUCUUUGUUAAGCUGGGGGUCCUCCCCAAGCUGAUUGCCGUGUACAACCGCCUGGUGCUGGCCAUCUUCAAGCAACAUACGAUGCAACUCGUGGAUGAACUGCACAAGAUUUGCGAUAUUUUCCUGCUUUUUUCGCAGGGCGAUGUCGUUGUGAAGGAGCACAUGUGUGACUUGGUGGUGCUCGAAGGGCUGCUGUACUCGUUAAACCCAGGAACUGCCAUCGCCAAGCACGACGCUUACUCGAUGGCGAUGGUCAAGAUCCUCAAGUGCAUUCGAAACAUGAGUAUGGAGCCGAAUACGCUGGAGAAUUUGGAUCGGGCCGGCACCAUCCCGACGUUGGUGCAAGUGCUCACGGAUGAAUCGUCGCCUCAAAUCAAGGACAUUCAAAACAUUGUGCUGCAUGCCAUGUUUUACCUGUGCCGGAUCAACCGAAACCGCCAAACACAUGCUGCCCAAGCCGGGCUAAUUCCGUACUUGCAACGCGUGACCCAAACCAGGAGCCCCCUCAAGCAGUUUGUGCUGCCCAUCAUGUGCGACUUGGCUUCGGCGUCGGCCACUGCACGGGAGCACUUGUGGGCAUGCGACGGCGUAACGUUUUUCUUGACGCUGCUGAGCGACAAAUUCUGGCAAAUCGACGCCAUGAAGGCCAUCGCUGCCUGGCUGGUCCAUGACACGGUAAAAAUCGAAAACGUGUUGCUAGCCCCGGAGCACAUUCAACAAAUCGUCUUGUGCUUUCGAACGGCGGAACAUCAGUUUGAAAACUUGCUCGAGUCGCUGUUGGAAAUUCUGUCGCGGUCCAUGCGAAUGAACCAGGCCCUGGGUCGAUCGAGCUUGUUCGUGAUGGAGAUUCUGUAUCGCCUGAGCUACCCCAAGCCAUUUGUACGGAAAAAUCUGCUCAAGAUGCUCAAGUGCAUAUUCGAGUCGCACACAGCGCCCGUGCAAUUCCUCGUCGAGUUCAACAUCCACCCAACCAUCCUCGCAUUAGCCCAAGAGACCAACCAGAUCCUCAUCCAAGAGAUCGCGUCGCAACUGCUCCAGGCCAUCCUCGUGUCGGCCUCCGUGUUUUAGUAUAUUUUAUUAACGUAACAAUUCAAUUUAACACACAUGACUACUCACU